CUAGUUUGGAUUUUGUGGGUGAACUGUCCCUUUAUGUUUCAGCCAGUUAGCCAUAAAUCAAGUAUCCAUGUAAGUACAGUCUGGCGCGCAUACAGAGGCUAGCCCGGACGUGACGUCGCGACGUCUUCGGGCUAGCCCGGACGUGACGCCGCGACGUCUUCGGCUCCGUAUCCGCGGUUACUAGGCAACGGGUAGUUUUGCAUUUUGGCUAACUAACCAGCUAGCCCGGUAAGCUCGCGAUUAGGCAGGUUUUAAACUACUAAAACCUCCCGGAUGGCCGCUUCUCUGAUAGACCCGACCCGGGCUCCGGUGGCCUUCGGGCAGCGGGCCGUUCCGCAGCUGUUCGAGGAGCUGCAGCAGCCGGAGGCGGGCAGGAGGCUGCGGGCUCUGGCUUCACUCUGCGACCUGAUGCACGACCCGGAGCGGCUCUACCAGGCUGUUAACGGGGGCUUCCUGGAGCAGCUGAAGGUUUUGUUUAAGGACGAAGAUCCAGCAGUCAGAACAAAAACCUGCGAGCUGCUUCACGCGCUUACCGGCCACAGCGUCGGCAGACAGGCCCUGCUCUCCUCCUCCCUCCUCCCCCCUCUCUCCGAGCUGCUGGACGACGACUCGUCCUCCUGCAGGAGGAACGUCCACCGAGUGCUGAACCGCCUCACUCUGCUGCCUGCAGGUGCAGAGGCUCUCCUUGCUCUGGUUCCUAAACUGAUGCUGAAGCUCAGACAGGAGGAGGAAGAGGAGGAGGAGGAGGAGGAGGAGGAGGAGGUGCAGGUGCUGCUCCUCUCCACCCUCAGCCGCUGCUCCAGGCUGGACGCUCUGCCGGCUCUGGCCUCUGACGGUGUCUCGCUGCUGGGCCGCAAACUCUCCCACCGCUCCCCGAACAUCCGCAGGGAGGCGGCUGCAGCCAUGAUGGCCCUCAGUGUUUGCGAGGACGGGAAGCAGCAGGUGUGUGAGGAGGCGGUGCUUCCCGUCGUGGUCGAUCUGCUGCAGGACGAAGACAUCGAGGUUCAGGCCAACGCUGCAGGAGUCGUCAUGUACACUGUGAUCAUCACCACAGGUAAGCAGCAGUGUCUGGAUCUGAACGUCGUCCCCGUCCUCCUCGACCUGGUGUCUAAGAGCAAAGAGGAGGAGGAAGAGAAGGAUAAGGAGAGGAAGGGCAGGAGAAAGUCCCUCAUCAUGUACUCCCUGCGAGCUCUGACCGCGCUGGCCGAAGCUCCACACUGCCGCCUCCUCCUGCUGGAGCAGCUCCCCCUGCUGGUGAGGAGGAGCGAGGCUGCAGAGGAGGACCGGGACAUCCGGCGGGCCGCUCAGACCGCCGUCAGGGUCGUCACCUGGACUCCCUGAGACACCGAUGACCUCUGACCUCCAGAACAGACCUGCUGGGUUAGCCUCAACUGAUAAGAUAACAAAUAAAAUAAUGAAUUAUA